AUGGACAAAGACUACAGAGGCGGCGGUCCUCUGAACGACGUCGAAUCGAAGCAUGCUGGCGAAAGCUACCCGCGCGAUGUCAACUUCGCGGCCCUCAGCGGCGACCCGAACAGCCUGAUCAACUCGCAGGACCAGCUUCAGCGAGGGCUCAAGAGUCGACACAUCCAAUUCCUGGCUCUAGGUGGCGCCAUCGGAACCGGUCUCUUCGUCGGCUCAGGCAGCAUCCUCUCGACUGUCGGCCCCGCGCCGCUCUUCAUGGGCUAUCUGUCCAUGAUGAUGGUCGUGUGGAACAUCAUGAACAACCUCGGCGAGAUGGCCACCUACCUGCCGCUCAAGGGUAUCUCGAUCCCUUACUUCGUCGAACGCUUUGUCGAGCCCAGUCUGGCCUUCGCCGCUGGCUGGAACUACUGGUACGCCUACGCCAUGCUGGUCGGCGCUGAGGCCUCGGCCGGUGCCAUCCUCCUCGACUACUGGCAGACCCCCGUGCACCCGGCCGUCUGGAUCACCAUCAUCCUGCUCGUCACUCUGGCCCUUAACAUCUUUGCCAUCGAGAUCUUUGGCGAGGCCGAGUUUUGGUUCGCCAGCAUCAAGCUCAUUACCAUCCUCGGCCUUAUCAUGGUGAGCUUGGUCAUCAUCCUGGGCGGCGCCCCCGACGAGGGCCGCAUCGGGUUCCUCUACUGGUACGACCCGGGCGCCAUCAUACCCUACAUGGCGGAGGGGAAUACGGGCAGGUUCCUGGCCUACUGGACGGGUUUCGUCCGCGCCGGCUUCGCCUUCAUCACCUCGCCCGAGCUCAUCGCCCUCGCCGCCGGCGAGACCAUUGCCCCGCGCCGCAACAUCCCCAAGGCCGCCCGCCGCUUCGUCUGGCGUCUGGCCAUCUUCUACGGCAUCGGCUCCCUCAUGAUUGGCGCCAUCACCCCGUCGAACGACCCGAGACUCCUCAACCCCAACUCCAACGCCGCUUCCUCCCCCUGGGUCAUCGGCAUUCAGCGCGCGGGCAUUGGCGGUCUGAACCACGUCAUCAACGCCGCCAUCCUCACCAGCGCCUGGUCGGCCGGCAACGCCUUCCUCUACUCGGGCAGCCGUAUCCUGUACAGCUUGGCGCUCAACAAGCAGGCGCCUCGGUUCUUCGCCAGGACGACCAAGCGCGGCGUCCCCUACACGGCGGUGCUCGGCACGUGGUCGAUUGCGCUGCUCUCGUACCUCACCAUCAGCAGCGGCACGUCGACCGUCUUCACGUGGUUCAUGAACAUCAGCACCAUCUCGGGCUUCAUCGCCUGGAUCGUCGUCAUGAUUACGUACCUCCGAUUUCGCAAGGCCAUGACGUACCACAACAUGAUGCACCGCCUGCCCUUCCGCACGCCGCUGCAGCCCUACUUCACCUGGUUCAUUCUCGGCCUCCUCGUCAUCCUGACCCUCACCAACGGCUUCCAGGUCUUCUUCCCCGGCGAAUGGAGCACCUCGGACUUCUUGGCUGCCUACAUCACGUUGCCCAUUUUCUUCGUGCUGUACGUUGGACACAAGAUCUGGUUCCGCACGCCAUUCGCGCGCAGGGUCGCCGACGUCGACGUGACGACGGGUGUGGCCGAGAUGGAGGCCAUGGCGGAGCUCGACGAGGAGCCGAUUCCGAAGAACAUGCUGCAAAAGGUGUGGUUCUGGAUUGCUUAG